UAUCUUAUUCCUCGCCACACAAUCCAAAAGGCUCUUAGAUCCAAAAGGUUCCUUCACAAUGCAUCCAAAAUCCUUUCAUUCAUCACAAUGCUAAAUCCAAUCCUGCCCCACUCUUUACGAAAAAAAAAAAGUGCCGAAAGUAUCAUGGAAGUAGAUGAAGAUAUCGUGAUUGUGGGUGCUGGAAUUGCUGGCCUCACAACAUCCUUAGGACUUCACAAGUUGGGAAUCCGAAGCCUAGUAUUGGAAUCCUCAGAUGAGUUGAGGACUGCAGGGUAUGCCUUGACACUAUGGACCAAUGCAUGGAAGGCCUUAGAUGCUGUUGGCAUUGGCGAUUCCCUCCGUCUUCAACAUGAACUCCUUGAUGGGAAUGUGUCUGCCUCUACUCUUUCGGGACUUGAAACUUCAAACACAUCAUUUAAGGUCAAAGGAAAUAAUGGAGACCACGAAGUCCGUCGUGUCAAAAGGAAUCUGUUGUUGGAAGCCAUUGCAAAGGAGCUUCCUAAUGCCAAUAUUAGGUACUUUUCCAAGGUGGUUUCCAUAGAGGAGGCAGGCUUCUAUAAGCUUGUGCAUCUUGCUGAUGGAACCACUUAUAAAACCAAGGUGUUGAUUGGGUGUGAUGGAGUAAACUCAGUGGUGGCAAGGUGGUUGGGCUUCAAGAAACCAGCUUCCACAGGGAGAAUGUCCAUAAGGGGCUCUGUGGAUUUCAAUUACAGUCAUGGGUUUGAGCCCAAGUCCAGGCAAUUCUUUGGGAAUGGUGUUCGAUUUGGUUUUGUUCCUUGCGAUGAUAACUUUGUUUAUUGGUUUUUCACUUGGACUCCAUCUAGCCAAGAGAAAGAGAGAGAGGAUAGCCCAGCUAAAAUGAAGCAUUUUGUGUUAAGCAAGCUUGGAAAAGUGCCUGAUCGAAUAAGGGCUGUCAUAGAAAACACAGAACUGGAUAAUUUUAUACCAUACCCAAUAAGGUACAGAUAUCCUUGGGAACUUCUUUGGAGAAACAUAAGUAAAGACAAUGUUUGUGUAACUGGUGAUGCACUCCACCCCAUGACCCCAGACAUUGGCCAAGGUGGUUGUGCUGCUCUAGAAGAUAGUGUUGUUUUAGCAAGGUGUCUUGCUAAGGCAUUAUUUGAUGAAACAAGUAAGGAAUCAAAAGACAAAGAUGAAAGAGAAUUGGAUGAAUAUAAGAGGAUUGAAAUGGGGUUGAACAAGUAUGCCAAAGAGAGGAAGUGGAGAAGCAUUGAACUCAUUAGUACAGCUUACAUUGUUGGUUUUAUCCAGCAAAGUAAUGGCAAAAUAAUGACCUUCUUAAGGGAUAAAAUUUUGGCUACAUUCCUGUCUGGCUUACAGCUGAAGAAGGCUGAUUUUGAUUGUGGGAAGCUUAGGAUUUCUUGAAUUCGAUCAUACAUACAAAUGCUCUGUAGUACUGUUGCUGUUAAGAUACAUAUGUAGCCAGAUGUUUUUUCUUUUGAGAAAUUAAUAAGUUAUAUUUGUUUUUUUUAAAUCAAAAUGAUAAACAAACUCUUCUUUUGUA